UGAUGAAACCUAAAUCUCCAGCGAGAACAAUCAGUGGUCUAUUUUUCAGGGACUGCUCUUUUCAAGAUCUAUCCCAAUGGUCCGGAGACACAGUCCUACACACAGGUUGAGCACAGACUGAGAAGGAGAGAUCCGAUAUCUUCUUCAUCCUAAAAGAAACUCUGUCUGAAGUUUUCUGCCUGAAUUUUUAACAGAAAAAGUUAAGCAGUGAAGAAAGUGAAGAAUGUAUUCUGCCGGGCUAGAGAUCCUUGGGAUUGCUUUGUCUGUCAUUGGGUGGCUGGGUUCCAUGGUAGCCUGCAUCCUGCCCAUGUGGAAGGUGGCAGCUUUCAUUGGGCAGAACAUUGUGGUGGCACAGGUCAUCUGGGAAGGUCUCUGGAUGAAUUGUGUGGUGCAGAGCACUGGGCAGAUGCAGUGCAAGGUCUAUGAUUCCCUGCUAGGACUUCCAGAAGAUCUCCAAGCUGCCCGAGCCAUGACAAUCGUCUCCAUCCUCCUGGCAAUCGUGGGCAUUAUGGUCUUUGUGGCUGGGGCCAAAUGCACCAACUGCAUGGAGGACGAGGCUCGCAAACCGAAAAUCACCAUCAGUUCCGGGGUCAUCUUCAUCAUUUCUGGGAUGCUGCAACUCAUCCCUGUUUCCUGGUCGGCCAAUGUUAUCACCAUGGACUUCUAUGAACCCCUGCUGGGUGACUCACAGAAGAGGGAAAUGGCUUCCGUUGGCAUAGAAAUCCUUGGAGUGGUUUUGGCCGUUGUCGGGUGGAUAGGCAGCAUUGUGGCUUGCACUCUGCCCAUGUGGAGGGUGACGGCUUUCAUUGGGGUGAGCAUCGUGACUUCUCAGAUUAUGUGGGAAGGCAUAUGGAUGACCUGUGUGGUGCAGAGCACCGGGCAGAUGCAGUGCAAGAUCUACGACUCCUUGCUGGCUCUCCCUCAGGAUCUCCAGGCAGCCCGAGCCUUGGAGGUCAUCUCCAUAAUCUUGGGCCUCUUGGCCAUCUUGAUCUCCAUUAUGGGAGCCAAGUGCACCAACUGCAUUGAAGAUCAGGGGGCCAAAGCUAAGGUCAUGAUUGUGUCAGGGGUUAUGUUCAUCCUUGCAUCUCUCAUGCAGCUCAUCCCAGUAUCAUGGUCAGCUAACACCAUCAUCAGGGAUUUCUACAACCCUCUUGUGCCUGAAUCAAGCAAGAGAGAGAUGGGAUCUUCCUUGUUUAUCGGAUGGGCUGCAGCCUCUCUUCUGCUCUUUGGAGGAGCAAUUCUCUGCUGUUCCUGCCCACCAAAGGAAACCAAAUAUGUGCCAUCCAGGAUGGCUUACUCAACAGCCAAGUCUGCCGCUCCGAGUGGCUAUGACAGGAAGGACUACGUCUGAACUUCUUGAAAGGUCGUGAGGUUUUUCCUUCUUCAUCCUGCUUUAGCUACGUACUUUGUUUUGCAAACAGAAAAGAAAAUUCAUUGAUGGACACCAAAAAGAAAGCGAUGGCACGGAAAUCUAAUCUAGUAACACAAGUGAACUGGUUUCCAUUUGCCGAACUGUGGAAGAUUAGGAAUUGAAUGGUAUGAACUGAAACUUAAUGGCUUGAUCUCAUGUGAAACCUAGAUAUAACCAUCGAACCUAGAACAACACUUGGAGGAUAUCUGCAUGUGUUGCCAUAGCAUUUCAAAGAAACCUGUAUUAAAAAAAAAAAAAUUAAAAGAUGCAGCUACGUAAACUAUAUAAAAUAUAAAACAGAUUUUGAUUCUACUAGAACCUGUUCAGCAGUUUGAGAAAAGUGUGAAUGUGUUUCUGUUUACUGAUAAUGAAGCAUUUUAUAUAAAGUAAAUAGUAUAUAUAUAGUAUAUAUAGUUUAUAUUUUACUUACAGCAGUUCAUGAAUCCGUCUUUACCUAAAUAAGAUAUUUUGUUUUUAAUGUUGGUGAUAUAUUUUUAUCAAUGAUUAAAACAAACUUCACUAAUGUAGAGAAUGUACUGUUCCUGUGUAUAGUAAAGAGUGUGCUUUUUUAACAUCAUUUAAUCCAUUGUUAACUGGAUUAUUGUAUUAUGUGUCUGUUUCUUGGAUCUAGUCUGAAAGUGAUUAUUUUAUUCUGUAUGUUUAAUAAUUCUGUAUUUGAAUGGAACGGCUUGCUGUUGUUUAAAAUAUUUUGUU